AUGCUCUUCUCCAAGGCCAUCAUUACUUCAGUUAUCGCCGCUGUCUCAGUAUCAGGCGCCCCCUUUGAAACACGCGAUGAGGUAGCAUUCAAGCCAUCCGCCCUCUGGAAAUACAAUGUCGGCACGGGAGCCAUCACCGCUUCCGUAGUUGGUGAGGUUGACAAGUCGAACGCCAACCACGGACAGGAUCUCACCACACUCAUCACUUUCACCUACCCUCCCGAGGCCACCGGCAAGAAGUGCCAGUUCGCCUUCGGCCUCCACCCCGAUGACACCCUCACCGGAAGCAAGAAGCUCGACCUCUACACCAGCAACAAGCCAGCUACGGCUAGCACUACGACUUGGGGCCCCGGCAACCAGCGGAACAUCCACCUCGGUCGAUUGAACAUGGUUAGUGGUGGCGAGGCCACCUGGGAAGGCAAAUACAGCAGCUACCUGACCAACAAGGUCGACUGCAAGCCUGCUGGCACUGUCGAGGGCUUUGAGGUUGUGGGCGUCUACGACACUGACAGGGUGUCCUGGAACCCAAUCUACCGUGGGCCUCGAAUCGUCAUCACUCCCAACUAA